AUGGGGGAUUUCAAUGCUAAAGUUGGUAACGAGAGGGUAGACAACAUCGUGGGUCCUCAUGGACUAGGAAGCCGUAAUGAGAGAGGGGAGAUGCUGGUGGAAUGGGCGCAAACGAACAACAUGAUAAUUGGAAACACCUGGUUUAAGCAACCACUAAGAAGACUGUGGACAUGGUUGAGUCCAGAUGACCACACCCGGAAUCAGAUUAAUUACAUUCUUGUUAAUAAACGCUUUCGUAACUCUCUCUUGGUAUCCAAAACGUUACCAAGAGCAGACUGUUACAGCGAUCAUGUUCCAGUGAUGGGCCGAUUUAGGGCCAAGAUGAGAACACUAAAGAAACCUACCCUAAGGGAACAACUAGAUGUAUCAUUACUCCAGAUCAGACGAGGGGUACGCCAGGGAUGUGUCUUAUCACCAGACUUGUUUUCAAUAUAUAGUGAAAUUAUAAUGCGCAGUUUGGAAUGCUUAAAUGGAAUUAAGAUAGGUGGUAACAACAUCAACAACUUACGGUACGCUGAUGAUAUAGUCCAGCUGGCAGAGACAGAAGAAGAUCUGCAGUCUCUGCUAAAUACAGCCAUCGCUGAAAGCGAAAGGAAAGAUCUCUCCAUUAAUAACACCAAAACCAAGACAUUGGUCGUCAUCAAGAAGGGGUAA